AUGGUGUUAAUCGCACAAAAACUUCUCAGGCGAGCUGAGGACUUUAUUAAACGGUCCUCGACCCACGCCUGCGCGCUCCCCCAACGCGCGGGUUCGCGCUGGAGUUCCCUCCUGACCUCCAGCGCGUGGCACCGGUGCCUCUCUUCCCCCGACUACCCUGCGGCCAGCUGUGCGAGCAUUAUGCUCUUCUACUCCUUUUUCAAGUCCCUUGUGGGAAAGGAUGUGGUCGUGGAACUAAAAAAUGACUUGAGCAUCUGUGGAACACUCCAUUCUGUGGAUCAGUAUCUCAACAUCAAACUAACUGACAUCAGUGUCACAGACCCUGAAAAAUACCCACACAUGUUAUCAGUGAAGAACUGCUUCAUCCGGGGCUCGGUGGUCCGCUAUGUGCAGUUGCCAGCAGAUGAGGUCGACACACAGUUGCUCCAGGAUGCAGCAAGGAAGGAGGCCCUGCAGCAGAAACAGUGA